GUUCCGUCUGGACACCAAUGCUAUUGACGAGCUGAUAGAGUCGGCCGAUAAGACUUGUCGCUUCUUCGUGGAAACUGAAGAGAAGACAACGGUUGAUGAGAUCGAGAAUUUUGAGGAGGUUGUCGGAGAGCUCACUGAGGCACUCAAGGAACUACGCCGGAAUCCUCAUAGAUCUGAAGAGCCUCUUAUCUAUCACUUGGAUGUGGCAGCAAUGUACCCAAAUAUUAUCCUGAGUAACCGCUUGCAGCCCUCGGCUAUAGUCAACCCUGAUUACUGUAAUCAGUGUAGUUAUUCGGACCCGCAGUUGAAGAGUGACUGUAAGAGGCACUUGGAGUGGAAGUGGCGAGGCGAUCUGUAUAUGGCAACGAGAGCGGACGUGCAGCAUCAACAGAGUGAGCUCUCAGGUCCGAGGCAUAAGUAUACCACUACCGUUACGGAGGCGGACGGUACGAGCACGGUCAGGAAGGUCGGGUGGGAUGAGCUCACGGAGCGGGAGCGAAUGGAGAUCCUUAUUAAGAACGUUCGCAACUUUUCGUUGAAGGCAUAUAAGCGUGUGAAGAGCUCGGUGUUUGAAGUCAAGACCGAUACU